AUGAGUUCAGGAUCAUCAAUUAUGUACCACUGCCAAAAAACGGGAUGCAUAUCUGGAUUCACUCAAAAGAAGGAUAUGAUUGAUCACAUUUUUAUCAAUCAUAUCAAACACUGGAAAGCGAGAAUGGGAAAGGAAAAUGAGGUGGUGGUUCGAGAAAAAAAGGCUAGGAAUGGAGAGAAGACAUUACCAAAAGGGAUUUCCUGUUUCUGGAAGAGAUGUGAUAGCUGCUUCACAAACAGAAAAGACAUGGAGCAGCACGUCAUCUCGAGCCAUUUUGAGUUGGAUGAUGUGGAAUGGGUUAUGGAGGACGAGGAGGAGGAGAAGGCGUCGGAAAUUCUGGAUCAUUCAGAAACGAGUGGAUCUCAGGAACCUCUAGAGGAACGGAAUUUGAGAAUUCCAGAUUCUGGAGAAGACACCUUGAACAAUGCUCCAGAAUACGCUAAGCCAGAAUCGCUCCUCUCACGGAUUCUAAAAUCCGAGCAACGUCUAGUCCGAAGACUUCAAGACGCAGAAUUCAAUGACACUGAUUGUACAGUAGCAAAUCCGAGACCACAGAAGCGUAUGAGAUUGGAUUAUGAUCUCCCGGGAUCAUCCGAUGCUCCAGAAUACGAAGACGAAAUGCCCGACGAGCUUUGGCCUCCGAAAAUGCCAGCUAUGAAGAAACCAAAGCGGCAGUCGUCAGCGGAUUCUGAUUCAACGUCUUCAGAAGUUCAAUGUUCGUCAAGCACAACCACCAAAAUCAAGAAAUAUAGAAUGAGAACAUCCAGACGACCUCUGACAACUUGGAAAAGGCCAGCACCAUCUGCUCAAGAAUACAAAAAUUCAGAUGGGGAAGACGACGAAAUGCCCAUGUCGAGACGAAUCACACGAUCCCAGAAAGCAUGGCCAGGGGUUCCAAUUGGGUCGAGAAGAAUCACACGAUCUCAAAACCCAUGGAAAGAAAAGAAAGCCAAAAGGAAUUCGGUGUCAGGACAAAACGAGGUGAAUAAUGGACUUUUACUGUUUUAG